AGCAUUCUGCAGAUGUUGUGAAGAAUCUUCAGAGGAAACAAAAUGCUGGAUCCGCAGUAGUGUACAGUAAUAGAGAAUAUACACACAGUCAACAAAAGCUGAUGCCUUGCUCAGGGGUGUGUCACAGCUUCGACAAACACAGCAGAGAGAAAUUCAGACACGAGAACUGAAGAAGAAGAAGAAGAGACGACUGCUUCACGCAGUAUUCAGUGAUAAUGGAGAGACUGUCCACAGUUGGUCAACGUAUCCAACAGAAGCAUUCUGGAAAGAAAAAGGAGGUGGGUGACAAAAAGGAUGGGAAACUACAGGUGAAGCAGCGGACCACAGAUGAAGCAUUAACAGACCAGAAAGUGAUGGCAGGAGAGGCUUCGGACAGGAGGAACAUCUGGGAGCCGAGUGUUUACUACGCGCUGGGGAAUGAGUCUUUCUCUUUUGCUGGUCAUGACAUCAGCAUCCGAGAGUCCAUGGAUACUUUCGGCGCUCUGAUCUGGCCCGGGGCAAUCGCUUUGAGUCAGUUCUUGGAGAACAACCAGCAACAAGUGAACCUGAUGGACAAAGCGGUGCUGGAGAUAGGAGCUGGGACUGGCCUGCUCUCAAUAGUGGCCAGUCUGCUUGGGGCAUGGGUGACAGCUACUGAUCUACCAGAGAUCUUACCUAAUCUGACCUUUAACCUCAUGCGGAACACCAAGGGCCGGUCCCGCUACACCCCCCAGGUGGCUGCCCUGACCUGGGCACAGGACCUGAAGCGAGACUUCCCCUACCUGUCCUACAACUACGACUAUGUACUCGCAGCUGACGUGAUCUAUCCCCAUGGCUGCCUCGAGGAACUGCUGGAAACCAUGCUUUACUUUUGUCGGCCGGGGAGUCAGACAACGUUGCUGUUGGCCAACAAGAUCCGGUUCGACUCAGACUUGAAGUUCACAGAGUGCUUUGAGAGCAGUUUUAACGCCACGCUGCUUGCUGAGCUCCCACAGCAGGAGGUGAGGAUAUACAAGGCCACAGCGAAGGAGUGAUGGAGGAGCUUCAGGGGGUGGAGAUUCCUGAGAUGUUAAAGGUCCAGUGUGGUGGAUUUAGGGGGAUAUAUUGGGAGAAAUGGAAUAUAAUACGUCUGUUUUCUUUACUGUGUAAUCACCUGAAAUUAAAAAUCGUUGUCUUUACUAUGAGCUAUUUAGUAUAUCUACACAGGGAGCAGGUCCUCAUCCGUGGAAUCCGCAAAGUUGCACCGCCAUGUUUCUACAGUGGCCCAGAACAGACAAACCAAACACUGGCUCUAGACAAGACCAUUUGUGUUUUUGCAUCGGACAUCGUAGUAAGCAGCCAGAGGACUUUGUGGAUCAGAAAAAAGGUGAGCACUCACUGGCAGGUGCUCAUCGCAGGGAGGCCAAACGAUGACGGUCUCAUGCCAAAGUUGUCGAACUCCAGCGCUUGGACAGUGACUUGCAAUGUCAGAAACCAACCAAAAAAGCCGUCCUUUAACAUCGGCAUGAUACACGGCCGGUUGCUGUUAUAGUCUAAUGACCCCCAGUGGCAUCAGGGGGAAACACAGCAAGACAAGGGUGAAAGUAAAGGCGUCGAAAGUCCGAGUAGGACAAGAGAAGGGGUGGUGGAUGGGUCAAUCAAACACCGACUUUCAUCCGAGAGAGCGGCGUUCGUAUCCUGUAAGAUUACAAAGCCAAACCUUCUUCCUUUUUCCUAAACCUAACUGUGUGCGUUAGUUGAAGGAAAAAAAAUGUCAAUAUGCAGUGUUGUACCGAUGUAGUGCGAAAAUGGAAGUGUAUCUUGAAAGAAGAGAACCUGACACGGCGUCCCAGAGCAUCAACACCCAACACACCCAGGGUACCUUGCCCUCAGAUGUGGAUGUGGAAAGUUCAUGACCAAACUGUCAAUAUGUGACAAGGUCGGAGUGAGAAUGUGUUGGCCAAACAGCAUCAGUGAAACACUGAUUUGUAAUUCAAAUCACCAGGUCUGUUUGUUUUUGAGAGGAGGAGAUAUCUGCGGAUAAUUCGGCUCCUGGUAAAAACCUCCUGAACAAGGAACACUGAAGGAAUUUUAACCACGAGACGUUUCAGCUGGUUGCAAUCUGCAAUCCUCACCACUACAUGCCACUAAAUCCCCCAAAAUCUUACACACUGGACCUUUAAAUGAAUAUUGUUAAAAUUUCAAGGGAAAAAGCAAAUUCCAUUUUCUUCUCACUGAUUUAAAUCAAUGUCGAGAAAAAUCUGGUUUUGACCUGUUUACACAACAUUCCUGGACUGUGCUGUGACUGUAACGCAGAAAUAAAGCUCAAAUUUCCAUUUCAAUAAGCUAUUUUAUUUGCCAACACUCUUUUAUACAGAUGAUAUCUCUGACUUUAGUCAGCGUCUGCUUAACAAUUUGUAUUUAAAAGUAAAUCAGUUUGCUGUAAACAUCUCCCUAUAUUCAGAUUUGUCUCAUAACAUC